CCAGUUUUAAUUACAGUUUUACAAACUAAUUUGAUUAAAAUUAACUAUUUUACUAAAAUCCUACACUUACUCAUUAAAAGAUUUAUAAUAACUUUCAUUUAAUGCGUACAUCACACUCACUGAGUGCUAAUUUAUUUUUCGUAAAUAAUAAAUUCUUAUUACGCAUGCGCCGACCAGUAACUAACGCAUGCGUUAACUCAAAACAAAAAUGGCGGAAAGUGCCAGCCAAAAGAGCUACCAAAAUUCUGGUUUGAUUUAAAUUAAGAACAGAAACCAAAUUUUAAAUAAAUUCCAAACCAAAAAAGCAAGACCAUUCGAAAUACGAAAUGUAAAAGUAUUGUUUUGUGUUCAGUAAGACACCGCUUUUGUAAAUAAGUUGACAGAUCUGUGGCUAGUGAAGAUGAGGUCUCGUGACGUACUGAAAUUGUAGCAACGAUAUUGACUCUCUUUGCUUUAUGACGUAGCAAGAAAAAUAAGCAUUUCAAAAAUGGAAUGACAACAGAAUAAACACGAAACAAUUCUCGUUUAAAAGGUUACAUAGACAGUCCUGAAACUAAAAUUGGAGAAUAAUGUUGAAAAUAAAUGAAAAAAGGACAGCCUCGUGAAAAAUGGACAAAAACAAGAAAAAGAACCAUUUUAAUGGAAAAUAUAAGAAAAAUGGCAAAAACGAGGCUUACAAAACGGAAGACGAUAUCAUCACUACGUGCUGUCUCUGCGUUAAAACAAGAAAGGGGAAAAAGAAGAGUUUGAUCGCUGGUUGUGUCACUAAUUUGGGUAUUUUUGUUUUACUUCUAGCGUACACGUUGUUGGGCGCGUUUAUCUUCUUAGCUAUAGAAGGGAAUUCUUCAAAAAUCCAUCAGAAAACACUCGCGACCACAUCUUAUCAAGUUAACGAUAAAAAUUCAGUGCCCUCAACAAAGUUGAACAGUAGUAUAAGUCAAGCUAGCGCGGAACUUCGAUCACAGACGGUCGAAAGUAUUUGGGAAAUCACAGUUUCAUUAAACAUACUUUACAAAGAGAACUGGACUAGACUGGCAGCACAAGAGAUAGCAAGAUUUCAAGAGAAGUUAGUAGCUAGAGUCGCAGCUGAUGUUUCAGCUCAGUAUGGAGGAGCAAGAGCACUGGAAUCAGCACCAGAUUUGGUUGUUGACGACUAUGAAUGGAAUUUCGCGAAAGCUUUCCUGUAUUCAUUGACCGUUUUAACAACUAUAGGCUACGGCAGCGUUGCACCACGUACGGCACUUGGUAAGGCGGUCACCAUAGGAUAUGCAGUAAUUGGCAUACCGUUGACGCUUCUUUACCUCUCCGUAGUAGGGGCACUUUUAUCGAGGCUAGCCCGAAACGUGUUCAGCAGAGCCUUGUGUUGCUGUUUAUGCACAAAGUGCGGCUACUGUUGCCUUGAUGAAAGAACAAUAGCAAACAAAGAACGCAAAGAAAAGGUGAAAAGGCAGGACGAUUACAGAAAUCAGACUUUACAUCUACAAGAACCGUAUUAUGUACGGUCGCCUUCCGGUACUAUAAUUUCUGCGUCACAAGCACACAGCGUUAGCACAGCUUCGGUAAAAGACAAAAAUCAGGGUUUGAGUUUUUUAAGGGAUUGUGAUUCGUUAAGUUGCACCGAAACGGACUCUAAAGUUUCGUUGCGUGGAUUUUCAAUACUAGCACCGGUUUGCUUGUGCCUCGCCGCCAUAUUUACGUAUAUAUUUUUUGGGGCCUUGGUCCUCUAUCAACUUGAAGGCUGGAGUCCCAUCGAUGGUGUUUACUUCUGUUUUAUGAGUCUCAGUACUAUUGGAUUUGGACACUUGGCUCCCGGGGCAACUCAAAGAAAUGGCGCAUCGACUGGCACUGUCUGGUUUUGUUCAAUCUACAUCAUGACUGGUCUAGCAUUGACUGCGAUGUGCUUUAACGUCUUACACGAUGAAAUCGUUCACCGGCUUAGGCAUCACGAGAAAGUAUUAAAGGCAAACUCACAGAAGAUGUUAACAUCCGAGUUUCUUCAUAGGUCUUGACGAGAUGAAGGCGGGACCGUUACAGAUGAUACCAUAAUUAAUUCUGAAGGUGAAUCUUUACCUGAAGUUUUGCACCAUAUAGGUUCAAGAUAUGAUGGCGGAGCUAUUCGCCGGACAGUAUACACUCUUAGAGAGGAGAAAGAGCCAGAGCGUGUGACCCCUAUGUAAUUAGUCUUGUGAUUUUGGUUAAACCAUUUUAGUGAGUGAGUGUGUGGUGGUAAUGUUAGUGAUGUCGAAUUAAAAUGGCAAGCGUGUGUUUAUCUCAGAGUAUUAAUAGUAAUAAGAUUGUUUUUAAUAAAUGAUUUUGUAGAUGAGACAGUAUUAGAACUUUUUAUUGGAGAUUAUAAUUCAAAUGAAAGCAAACAAAGUUCUUAGUAAUGUGAAAUUCAGAACAAAAACGAAUACAUACGAAAAAUUAAAUUGACUGAACUUGUAUGUUAAUUAUUUUAUUUAGAAGAUAUAAUAAAUUAGAAGACUUUAAUUGUAUUUAACAUUGAUAGUUAUAAUAUGAUUAUAAAAAAAUAUAUUUAACUAUCGUUAUCACUCAAAAUUAAUUUGAUAGUAAAAACAUGAGGUAUUUGUAAAAUUAAUUUUAUUUACAAUAAUUUAAUUAUGAUCAAAGCUCUUAUAUCCUGAUUUGUGUGCCAAAUUGUCACUUUAUUGUUACACACUAAAUGAAAAUGUAUUUUUGUCGUAUCUUACAAUAACGGAUCAACACUGAGACAAACUUGUUACGGUCUAGAUUAAUAAUUGAAAAGUUUAAAACGGUCUCUAAGUCACCCACAAACGACUUAUCAUUUAAAGAACAUCCUUUACUGUAAUUGAAUGUAAUGUUUACUAGCUCUCCGCGAUUAUAAUCCUUAAAUGUUACAAAACCACAACUUUGGUAUAAGUAAAGGCGCCCAAAUUUUCGUGUGUUAAUGGUACUAUGAUAGAAUUCUUCCCAGCAAUAUUUCCAAAUAACAUCAUAAUCCGGUGGACGCUAAAGGGCAAACGUACAAAACGUUUUUUUUUUUUUUUGUUAUAAAGAUAUUGGAGAAAAAUUAUGGUAUUAUUAUUAUCGGUCCUUGAAAAUUUCAAUCUGAUUGGAUAUUUUGAUAUUGGUGAAAAUCACGUUGGAGCAGCAGAGGUCGGCAACCUUUUGAGUGGCAAAAGCCAAAAAUUACAAUUUACAAAAUUCCAAAGUUUUUAAAAAGCCAAAGUUUUGAAAAAAAAAAAAAACUGUCAACAAUAAAAUUAAAUAGUACUUGCAUUAAUACAUUUUUUUUAUAAAAAAAAACAAAUCUAAUUUUUCAUAAGAAAAAUAUAUAUUUGUAAGCUUGAGGGUAGACAUUAUCUUGUUGAACACCAAGUAAAACGAUGUCACUUUUUGGUUCCUGAUUUAAUCAACAAUAUGUGAUCUUAACAAUUCACUUUAACACUUGUCCAACUUUAACCAGUACGUACAACAGUCACUGAAUCACACAACGUAACAAGGAUAUAGUAAGUGCACCAGGCAAGCGCAGUCCAACGAAUGUUCAUUUCAUUUUUUUUUUUUUUUUUUUUUCCUACCUAAGCUGAGAGCCUUGAGAGGCUAUGUCAGCGUAACCCUAACUUUUGUAGGUGAGCUCACGGGGCUCAAACCUGAUGACGUUGCUAACACGAACCCUAGCAAGAGCCGUGCUUCGCAGAAUCUACCACCGGAUCGGAAACGCGACCCACUGAGAAGAUCCGGCGAGAAACUCAGUGGGCUGUGUCUGGGAGUUAAUUUACUCGUCGAGCCCUUCGUCGCAAGCGACGGGUUCGACGAGAACGGUGACCCCCCCGAUUACUCUCUUUAGACAACCCAUACCCUGGACCAGGAAGGUCAAGUACCUGGGCGUUACCCUGGAUGCAUCGAUGACAUUCCGCCCGCAUAUAAAAUCAGUCCGUGACCGUGCCGCGUUUAUUCUCGGUAGACUCUACCCCAUGAUCUGUAAGCGGAGUAAAAUGUCCCUUCGGAACAAGGUGACACUUUACAAAACUUGCAUAAGGCCCGUCAUGACUUACGCGAGUGUGGUGUUCGCUCACGCGGCCCGCACACACAUAGACACCCUCCAAUCCCUACAAUCCCGCUUUUGCAGGUUAGCUGUCGGGGCUCCGUGGUUCGUGAGGAACGUUGACCUACACGACGACCUGGGCCUCGAAUCAAUUCGGAAAUACAUGAAGUCAGCGUCGGAACGAUACUUCUAUAAGGCUAUGCGUCAUGAUAAUCGCCUUAUCGUUGCCGCCGCUGACUACUCCCCGAAUCCUGAUCAUGCAGGAGCCAGUCACCGUCGACGCCCUAGACACGUCCUUACGGAUCCAUCAGAUCCAAUAACCUUUGCAUUAGAUGCCUUCAGCUCUAAUACUAGGGGCAGGCUUAGGGACCCCGGUAACCGUACUCGUCGAACUCGACAAAGAGGUCGACGUGCAACCUAACCCAUGCAUCAGCCCGCUGAGUUUCUCGCCGGAUCUUCUCAGCGGGUCGCGAUUCCGAUCCGGUAGUAGAUUCAUUCGCGAAACAAUUGCUCUUGAGUUGUUAGGUCUCCAUCGGAGGCGCUCGGGCAGUUGUUAGCAAAUCCCACCCCUCUUGGCUGAGCCUUUGCUCGCCCACCUGUCCUGGUGAAACUGGAAAGGCCUUCGGGCCACCAGUAAACUUUCAAUCAUAAAAAAAAAAAAAAAAAAAAAAAAAGAACGGUGACCGGUGCUUGAAGUACCUAGAAGCACCGUUAGUGGAUCGGGAGGAUCCGAGAUGACGUGUUUUGGGCGACGUCGACUGCUUUCCAUUCUGUCCGCAGGAUCGGGAAUGUAGUUACCGGCGGCCACGAUGAGAGGGUUCUCGUGUCGUGCCGCUUUAUCGAAGUGGCGCGUAGACGCCGACUGCAUAUACUUACUGGUGGACUCUAAGUCCAGGUCGUCAUGGAGGUCGACGUUCCUGACGAACCACGGGGCUCCGACGGCUAUCCUGCAAAAACGGGAUUGAAUAACUUGGAAUGAUUUUAAGUGUAUGCGGGCCGCGUGAGCGAACACUACACUUGCAUAGGUCAUGACGGGGCGUAUGCAAGUUUUGUAGAGUGUCACCUUAUUUCUAAGGGACAUUUUACUUCGCCUACAUAUCAUCGGGUAGAGACGUCCUAGAAUGAAGGCGGCACGGUCGCGUACCGUCUUGAUGUGGGGGCGGAAUGUCAUCCUACUGUCGAGGGUGACGCCUAAAUAUUUGACCUUCGGGGCCCACGGUAUGGGCUGGUCGAACAUCGGUUCAUUUCAAGGCACGUUCCGCCUUUUUAUACUAGCCGGCGCAGCUGGCUUAUGAGUCACCUCUGUUGCAGCUGUUGUUUACGAGUGGAACGACACGGCCGGCGCACCUGGUCUGUGUGAGUCACUCCUAUUGCACGUGCUAUAUAACAUAAAUAUCGUUAACGCCGUCAUAUUUAUUCUUAAGUAAGUUGUGUUUUUUUAAAACAAAUUAGACAGCAUAUAUGUGGUAUUAUUAGAUAAUCACUUAUUAUUUAAGUAAAAAAUGAAAACAAUUAAACAUUUACUUACAACAAUGGGCUGAGAGAUAGAAAUGAUGCCCAAUCCUCGUUAGUCGAUUCAGAACAAUUAUAUAAGUUUUUUUUUUUUUUUUUAUAUAAAAUAAAUAAUAUAUAUGUAGAGAACUAACGAGCAUGUGGCUCGCGAGCUGCAGCUUGCCGACCCCUGCGUUGAAGGAUUCUGUUGCAUAGUUGAAGCCAAUUAAUGGUUUUUUUGUUACGUAAUUGGAUGGAAGAGCUCAUUGCAUAUCACAACGAGAAUACUACCCUCCCACCUACCUUAAUACAAAAGGUUGAAGUCGCUAUUGUAUUGUAGAGGGAUGAGAGUUUUACGGUAGUAAUAGGCGGUAGAGUGGUACUUACCCGUGCAAGCUUAUAGAACAUCUUACACUUUAAAACAUAUUAAUUUAUUAAAUUGAUUUGACCAUUCCACUUAAAAAUGACCUGUAGCUAUAUCCUUGUUUUUUGUACCCGAAAGACACAAAACAAAACAAAAAAUGCCGAUUUGUAUUAUAAAUCAAUUAAAAUAAAACCAUAAUACUGUGAAAUAUACUGAUUCAAAUCGGUAAUCGAAUCCGGACCCCAUGACCAACGUAUGAGAUAUCUGGCAGGUUUAAUUCUCGAAUAGUCUCAUAGUUGUGGUAUUUCAUAAAAUUACUAACAUUCGUCAUUCCAACCGUAACAAAGUUUUCUCGUAAACGUGUUUCUAUUUAUUUAUUUUGUAUAAUAUGUAGUAGUUAACAAAGAAAAAUAUUGUUAUUAUAUUUUUCUGUUCGAACUGUUAAGGUAACUAAUUAUUUGUAUAGUAAAAAAAAGACUGUCAUAAGCCAUUAAAACAAGAAACGUCAUGUGAUGUUUUCAAGCAUAAAAUUGUAUUUAAAUAUGUUAGCAACCAAAUAAGAUAGUGAUCCCCAGAAUUAAUGAAGUGUGUGUUUUAAAUAAGGUAUAGAAAAAUGACAACCUGAACAAAGGAAAUGAUCAUUGAGCAGUAUGAGUUUUUUAAGACUUUAAAAAUAGUUUGUACUUAUUAUUUGUGAUAUUGAUAAAUAUGUAAAACUCAAUUGUAAUAUAGAAAAUAAAAAAAUCUAAUU